GUUUUUCUUCCGGCAUGCAGUCCACCGUCAACUUCCUUUUCCUAACAACACAUCAUGGCGAAAGAGGCCAAGGCAAAGCCUAAGGGCAAGGUUGAUGAUAAGAAGAAAACAAAUGUUAUGCGAGAGCUACGCAUCCGCAAACUUUGUCUCAAUAUCUGUGUUGGUGAAUCUGGUGACAGGCUGACCAGAGCAGCCAAAGUGUUGGAACAACUUACUGGACAACAGCCCGUUUUCUCUAAAGCCCGCUACACUGUGCGAUCUUUUGGUAUCAGAAGAAAUGAAAGAAUUGCUGUCCACUGUACUGUCCGAGGAGCCAAGGCUGAGGAGAUCCUAGAGAAGGGACUCAAGGUGAGAGAAUAUGAGUUGAGAAAAUGCAACUUUUCCGACACUGGAAACUUCGGCUUCGGCAUUCAGGAACACAUUGAUCUGGGAAUCAAAUACGAUCCCAACAUCGGCAUCUACGGAAUGGACUUCUACAUUGUCCUUGGCAGACCAGGCUUCAAUGUCGCCCAGAGAAGGAGAAAGCGUGGCCGCGUUGGAACCAGUCACAAGAUCGGCAAAGAAGAGUCCAUGAAAUGGUUCCAGCAGAAGUAUGAUGGAAUCAUCCUUCCUGGCAAGUAAAAAGAGCCGACUUUGUACAGACACAGAAAUAAAUAAAUCAUGGUCUCUAA